AUGUCUGCACCUUCACUGGUUCCGGGAUACAAACAGGUCGAGAGCUUUGGUCCCGAAGAUGAAUACGAGUCUGGGGAGGAGGUCGAGUACGUGACACUCGACCUUGGAACAAUAGAGCCUACGCUCGUCCCAAGCUCCUCUACGUACCGUCUGAUCGGUCUCGAUACGCCCACUCCAUACCUGCAGCUCUCCGGGACGAAGCUCAAGGGCCAGCACCAGUCUCUGCUCGGGACGGAGCUCCUGUUUACGGAAACUAGCGAGGAGCAGCAUGGUCAUGCGCAGGGCAGGAAACCCCUCGUGCACGUCGCGAGUACGGAACGGCGUAUCCGCUUCAAGGAGAUAGAACUCAGACCCAAAGGAGAGGGCGCAGGUCAAGAUGCCACGACCGGGUCGACGUCGAAGGCGGGUACCGCCAAGAAGGUGCAGACACAGAUGGACCAUGUGAUGGGCACUCAGACCGGGUCAUCCCGCCGAGGGCGCGGAGGCAAGAAACGCGGGGGUGCGACGAAAGCACGGUCAAAGGAGAAGGGUCGGGCACCGGAAGAGCUGGCGCCUGCAGAGCCCAACGACCCGCAGCCGGAACCCGCUCUAGUUGACGUCUUAGAUCCCGCGCUGGCCCAAAUGGACACAUCCGAAGGCUGA